GUUUAUGAAAUACCUGUCCCUUCCGGGCACACUAGUAGUUCGCAUAUUCUCGCUAAUUGUGGUGCCUAUGAUUGUCACCUCAUUAGCUACUAGUAUUAGCUCGGCAAAAUCUAGCGAAAAUAAGAAAAUACUAAAAUGGACCUUCACACUAUUUGCUAUAUAUUCAUGUUUGGCGCCAAUGUUGGGGUCGGGGCUUAUGUUUAUGGUGAGACCCGGCGUACAAUCGGCUGAGGACUUGGAGAUCUGGAAAAAUCAGUCCGUUUACAGAUAUAACCCCUAUUUGGCAGCUCAGGGGACAGUUAGCAAAGAGGAUACCCUGUUUGAUUUUAUCAUUAACAUGUUCCCUGAUAACGUGGUGGGUGCCAUGAUUAUUACACCGGACUUGAACCUAUUGACCCCUUAA